UUCUUUUUUUUUUUUUCUUAUCAAUGUCAACACUACCAAGUAUCAAACGCCUUGAUCCAACUGUAAUAAAUAGAAUUGCAGCGGGUGAAAUUAUCCAACGACCGGCUAAUGCUCUCAAAGAACUCAUAGAAAACUCACUUGAUGCUGGUUCGACUCAAAUACAAAUACAAGCGAAAGAAGGUGGAUUAAAAUUAUUACAAAUACAAGAUAAUGGCCAUGGGAUCAAAAAAGAAGAUCUGGCUAUUGUUUGCGAACGAUAUACGACAAGUAAACUCAAGAAAUUCGAAGAUCUAUCUACCAUUGCAACCUAUGGUUUUCGUGGUGAAGCUUUGGCUAGUAUCUCUCAUGUAGCUCAUGUUACUAUCACAACCAAAACUGAAGACUCAAAAUGUGCAUAUAGAGCUAAUUAUACUGAUGGAAAAUUGGCUCCACCAAGGCCAGGUCAAAGUGCUGAUCCAAAACCUUGUGCUGGGAACAAUGGAACUCAAAUUACCGCAGAGGAUCUAUUUUACAAUAUGCCACAAAGAAAGAAGGCUCUACGAUCAGCAAGUGAUGAAUACAAUCGGAUACUGGAUAUUGUCGGUCGAUAUGCUAUUCAUAAUGCUGGUGUUAGUUUCUCAUGCAAAAGGCAAGGAUCAAUGACUGCGGAUAUACAAACAACAACGACAGCUACCAUUAUUGACAAUAUACGACAAAUUCAUGGUUCUUCAGUAGCUACAGAAUUGCUAUAUGGUGAACGAACAUUUGAGUCACAGGCUUUUACAAUGAAAUCGUACAUUUCCAAUGCCAACUAUAGUGUGAAACGAACAACUCUAUUACUAUUUAUCAACAAUCGUUCAGUGGAAAGUCCUGCUAUCAAACGUAUGAUUGAAAAUGUAUAUUCAGCACUUUUACCAAAAGGAGGUCAUCCAUUUGUUUACCUCAGUAUCCUCAUCAAACCCGAAAAUGUCGAUGUCAAUGUUCAUCCUACCAAGCAAGUGGUCAAUUUCUUAAAUGAAGAAUGGAUCAUCAAUUCUAUACAAGAAGUCUUCCAAGAAUUAUUAGAGAAUGCGAAUAGUUCAAGAACAUUCUAUACGCAGUCAUUACUUCCUGGCGCUCCAGCAACAAAUGCAGAUAAUAGUUUAUUCAGUACAUCAACCAACAAAGUGGCAGUAUAUCAUCAAGUACGAACAGAUAGUAGGACAACAACAAUGGAUUCAUUUUUGACAGGGCCAAUUGCUUCAUAUGGCACACAAUCAUCAAUAUCAUCUAUUCAAGAUGAUGCAAAUGGAACAAAACGUACCAACGACGUACUUGAAGAAGAAAAGAAUGACGAAGAUGUCGACAUGGAUACUGAUUCUACUUUGACCUAUAAUAAACCAUCUGACACUGGUGUUACCUCAAAAGCUGACGGAUCCGUGGAUCUGGUAUCAAAGUCUCAAAAACGGAUCAAGCGGGAUAGAGUAGAAGUGACCUUGACAAGCGUUCUGACCCUGAGAAAAAAUGUCAAAAAAUCUGAACAUAUUGGAAUGACUGAUUUACUAUCAAAUCAUACAUUCGUUGGUUGUGUGGAUGAUACUUUGGCAUUAAUUCAACAUCAAACAUCUCUCUAUCUUGUGAACUAUGCUGUCAUCAGUGAAGAGUUGUUUUAUCAGAUUGCUCUUGCUGAAUUCAACAAUUUUGGAUUCAUUGAAUUAUCAACACCUAUCUCUAUCAAAGAAUGCAUCUCUAUAGCAUUGGAUACUGAAGAAGCUUAUGGUACAUUACCCCCACAAUUACAAUCAAAGGAACAAGUAGCGGAGAUUAUAGUGAGCAAAUUGAUGGAAUUUGCAACUAUGUUGGAAGAUUACUUUUCCAUGUUGGUGAAUUCUGAAGGACAAUUGAUGGCAUUACCAAUGUUAUUAAGAGGGUAUAUACCUACCAUGGAUAAGCUACCAAUGUUUUUAUUACGAUUGGGAACAGAGGUUGACUGGGAAGAUGAACAAACUUGCUUGGAUACACUUUCACGGGAAAUCGCCAUAUUCUAUAGUACCGAACCACCUAGUCCAUUACCAGACAAUCCCGCCGAAUACAAACGACGACAUGAUCGAUACCUAUGGCAAAUACAACAUCUUAUCUUUCCAGCCAUGAAAACAACUAGAUUCAUUGCACCAAAAUCACUUGUCCGAGACGGUUCUUCUUAUAUUACACAAUUAGCUAGUUUAUCUGAUCUUUAUAAAAUAUUUGAACGUUGUUAAUAAAAAAAAAAAAAAUAGAAAAUAUUGAUUGGGUUUGGGAUUAUUUUGAAUAGGCG